UGUGCGCACUUGAUCUUCAUGCACUUUAAACUCUGAACAUUUAUCUAUUUUCAUUGCUUUUUUUGUUUACUUUUACACAUUCUAGUUUCUCUGUUUGUUUUAUUUGUAUUUUUCAUGUAUGUAUUUAAUGAACAGAUCUCGUUAGAUAAAUCUUGAUACAUGUGCUUUUGCCACUUGCGGAUCGCGUGGACGACCCCGAGACAAGAGAUCUUUGUCGGCACAGCAUGACCACCCCCUAUGCAGCUAUGCCGCUUCGCCCGGAGCACACCUUCCAACGUAGAUUGCGGGAGCCGUCGUCCUGUCUGUCCUGGGCCGAGGGUUCUCUGCUGGCCUCCAUGGCCCAGAGCCAGGCCGGCCAGAACCCAGACAUACUCAGCCCUGACGUCCUCAACCAGCUGCUGGAGAUGCUCGAUCAGUCGGCCUUUCACUCGGUGCAGCCCAUCGAGUUGAACUUCUCUGAGAGCAGCCCGGCCCACGGUUCCCCCAGCAACACCAUCCAGAUCAGCAUGGACUGCAUCACCAUGCGCGAGGCAGAGGAGCCCUACUCGUCACAGUACACGAACCUGACUCUGCUGAACAUGGAUCAGAACAUCCAAAAUGGCGGUUCCACCUCCACGAGUCCUUACAACAACGAGCACGCGCAGAACAGCGUGGCGGCCCCGUCGCCAUACGCCCAGCCCAGCUCCACCUUCGAGGCCCUGUCCCCGUCACCGGCCAUCCCCUCCAACACAGACUAUGCUGGGCCACACACCUUCGACGUCUCCUUCCAACAAUCCAGCACAGCCAAGUCAGCCACUUGGACGUACUCCACAGAUCUGAAGAAGCUGUACUGCCAGAUUGCCAAGACGUGCCCGAUCCAGAUCAAGGUUCUGACCAACCCGCCGCAGGGCGCUGUGAUCAGGGCCAUGCCCGUCUACAAGAAGGCCGAGCACGUGACCGAGGUGGUGAAGCGCUGUCCCAAUCACGAGCUGAGCCGCGAGUUCAACGACGGCCAGAUCGCCCCUCCCAGCCACCUGAUUCGGGUGGAGGGCAACAGCCACGCCCAGUACGUGGAAGACUCCAUCACUGGGCGCCAAAGUGUCCUCGUGCCCUACGAGCCCCCCCAGGUGGGGACUGAGUUCACGACCAUCCUCUACAACUUCAUGUGCAACUCCAGCUGCGUGGGAGGCAUGAACCGCCGGCCCAUCCUCAUCAUCGUCACCUUGGAAACCAGAGAUGGCCAGGUGCUGGGCCGGCGGUGCUUUGAGGCGAGGAUCUGCGCGUGUCCCGGACGAGACCGCAAGGCGGACGAGGACAGCAUCCGCAAGCAGCACGUGACGGAUGGAUCAAAGACCAGUGAGGGUAUGAAGCGCCCCAACUACCGCCAGGGGAGCCACGGCAUGCCAGUGUCCUCCAUCAAGAAAAGAACAAGAUCUACUGAUGAUGAGGUUUUAUAUUUGCCUAUUAAAGGCCGUGAAAUCUAUGAGAUUUUGGUGAAAAUCAAAGAGUCCCUGGAGCUCAUGCAGUUCCUGCCUCAGCACACUAUAGAGUCAUACAGGCAGCAGCAGCAGAGCCUCCUGCAGAAACAAUGGGAUUUGUUGGCCAGUCAGACUUACAGCCCGUAUCCUCCUCCUACUCCUACUCCUCUCUGCCCCAGGAGCGCCAUGCCCUCCCAGCCCAGCUUCGGCUCCAGCUCCCCGCCUCACGGCAAAGUCAACAAGCUGCCCUCAGUCAGCCAGCUCAUCAACCCCCAGCAGCGCAACUCUCUCACGCCAUCCAGCAUGGCCGGCCUUACCGACAUGACUCCCAUGAUGACGGCCCACCUGCCGGGCAUGAACACAGACAUGAGUACCCUGAGCCCCACCCACAGCCUGCAGUCACAGCUGCCCAUGGUGCCCACCUCCCACUGCACCCCUCCGCCCCCCUACCCCAUGGACAGCAGCAUCUCCAGCUUUCUUUUGCGGCUGGGGUGCUCAGCCUGCUUGGACUACUUUACAGCUCAAGGCUUGACCAACAUCUACCAGAUUGAGAACUACAACCUCGAGGACCUGUCCAGGCUGAAGAUCCCGGUAGAUUUCCAGCACAUCAUCUGGAAGGGGAUCAUGGAGCACCGGCAGAACAUGGAGUUCUCGCCGCCGCCGCACAUCCUGCGCACCUCCACCGGGGCCUCCAGCGUCAGCGUGGGCCCCACCGAGGCGCGCGGCGAGCGCGUGAUCGACGCCGUGCGCUUCACGCUGCGCCAGACCAUCUCCUUCCCGCCCCGCGACGACUGGACCGACUUCUCCUUCGACCUGGACUCCCGACGCAACAAGCAGCAGCGCAUCAAGGAGGAGGGCGAGUAGUGAGCUGCGCAUCGCACGCUCGGGAUACACAACCAUUACACUGCACACAUACAGUACAUACACACAUGCACACACACACAUAUUGUAUGUGCAUUCAUUCACAUUGUCUCCCUCUCAAGCAUACACAUACACAUACACAUGUAUACACAGAGUGGUCCAAGAGGCGAAUCGAAAGAUUUUACUACUUUUUACAUGAACAUGGCACAAUAUGUGUACAUGCCCGCACAAUAGCACACUGGAAAACUUGCACACAUGAAUGCUUGUGGGAUAGAAAGAUAUAUAUGUUUUAGUCUUUUGCACCUAAGUAAACAUUUCCAUAUGUCUCCCUAGCAUUUCCACUUUGAUGAGUCUCACCCCCCUUUCGAAGAGGGGCAGUUGCUCUCCCACCCUCCCAUAUUUCCUUUUGCAGAGCGUUAGCAUAAUCCUCAAGCCUCUACAAUGUGUAAAAAAAGAUAUUUGCAAAUAAAGUGCACUUAUUUUCCAGUUUUCUCUUCAUUAUAUCUUUGUAAUGUUUCAUGUAUUGUUUUAUUUUGCUUCUCAAAUCUGGUCAUACUGUUUGGAGGCCCUUUUUUAAACACAAAAGCAAAAGGUAGAAGGUGCUUUGUGAUAGGACAGUUUAUUACGUGGCCUUUUUUUGUUGAGACAGAGCACUUACGAAAUACGCCAUAUUUUGUUUUUGCUUAGGGCUAGUCUUGGAUUGAUUUGUGUAGGUAAACCAAACUGCAUGUCACCCUUCAUUUCCGUUGUCUGCCGUAGUCAAAACCACUGUAUUUCCCCCCAAAUAUUAUGGGUUAUUUUGCUUCUGUAAAGUAUGACACUAACGUGUUACUAUUUUUGUUUUCAAAGGUCGUUUGUGUUUUCUUUAAUGCUAGCAACUUUGCUGGCUUUUGAUUGUACACAUUUCAGAUAUCUGCACCUAUCAAAGUGUUAAUCGGCUCAUGGCAUUAUGGUCUUAGACUGAUGCAGUCUGCUGCCUUUAUACAGUACUUGUCACUUGUAAAACCAUUGCUGAAUGCAUUUUUGUGAACAUUUCAUGUUCACAAAAUCAUUUGUCCAAAAGUAUUUUGUAUGUCUUUUGUUGUAUGUCUGACUGUAUUGACGUGCCCAGCAAGUUUUUUGUUUGUUUGUUUUUAACCACAGACCAAAAUAGUGUCCUGCGUUGUAGAUUUUCUCUGGGUUUUUAGUUUCAGUUUCCAAACUAAAAAAAUUGUACAGUUUUUUAAUACUUGUGGGUUUAGCUGGUUUUUCAUUUAUUGUAAAUAUGUUUCAAUUUACUUAUUUUGAUAUAAAUUGAAAAAAAUAAUA